CAGGCGGUUUAGUGGAGCAGGUUGUAGCAAAUCAUUAGCCACACCACGGGAGCCCCAAUCGAGCCGUCUCGGAGGGCCUUAUCUAGGCAUUGAUUAUGCGUCCAAUUGGAUAAGAUUGCGAGCAGUAACCGGGGGACCAUUCGCGGUAGUCCACCGAUACUAAAGGGAUUCAGUUGCGCUUGAUCGUUCACGCUUUGCUGAACCGUAAAGCAGCGAAGGUUUGAGUUUACAGUGACGAAGCGACCCAUAAAGGCACCGGCACCGUGUGGCAUCAAUGAUGGCGUUUACCGAGGUCGGAAGUGUAGCGUACCAGUCGGCCGAUCCGAUCCCACUGAAAACACCCGUCCAGCGCAUCCGCGAGGCAGUGGAAAUGGUGCUGAACAUGAUGCUGUUUGUGGUGGAAUCGAUACCAUUGUGGUGGGAAGCACUGACCAGCUGCUUCGCGGCUCCCAAGAUGAAGUCCAUCUCCGGCCAGACGGCGCUGGUCACGGGCGGUGCAAAUGGGCUCGGUCAAGCGAUCGCCCUCGAGCUAGCGAAGGAAGGCUGCAACGUGGCCGUGGUAGAUGUGGAUGAAGUGAAUGCCCGUGAGACGGUGGCCCGGUUGCGGAAGCACAAUGUAUCUGCCGUGGCGUACAAGGUUGAUGUGUCGGACUAUGAGGCAGUGCGGCAGCUGGGGCGCGAUGUUGAGCGUGACAUUGGCCCGGUAGAUAUUCUGGUUAACAAUGCGGCCAUCCUGCCCACCAACUUCACACUGGACAGCUUACCAUCGUACAUAAAACGCAGCAUGGAGGUCAACGUUUUGGCAGGCAUUUGGACAACGCAAGUGUUUCUCGACAGUAUGAUCCGGCGAAGAAAGGGACACAUCGUGGCAGUUAGUUCCGUUGCCGGAUAUGUGGCCCCGGGAUGGGCAAAGACGUACGCGACGACCAAGUUUGCCAUCCGCGGCUAUAUGGACGCCCUGGAGGAUGAUCUGUAUCUGCGAGGGCAGUCCGAGCAUGUCCACACGACGACCGUCUUUCCGUUUGCCUUCAACACACGCAAGGAAGCUAUUAGUGUCCUUAAACGAUCGUCUGGGCUUACACGCAUGCCAAUCUACGAACCGGCCAUACUGGGUAAAAGUGUCGUGAAGGCUAUCAGAACGAAUCAGCGAAAGGUGAUAGUUCCGGAUGUGGCCAGGCCGUAUCAGCUGGCAAUAUUUGACAAUUUGCCAAUCAAAGUUAAAAGACUGUUAACGGCUACUAUGGCACAGGGAGAGGUUAAGCUGCUGGACUAGCUACCGUGCGUCGAAUGUUGACGAUCAUAGUAGGUCAGCAAUGAGUUUAAAUCGGUUGUGGAAGAACAAAUGAAUAAAACUAUUCAGUAGCUAAUUCAUGCCACAAAAUUUAAUGGUAGAACCGCUAAAUUAUGGCCGUGAGGCUGAUACAAGUUGUGGUUGAUCCUAAGAAGUUUUGUGACACGACAGUGAAAAGAUGCGGGAUGAUCAUGCUUGGAAAGAUUUUUUGGGUGUGUUGCUUAGUUCUCGGAAUAAAAAGAA